CCUAGUAACACAGACCUUCAAGUAAAUCGUACAGUUGAUCACUUCCAAUAAAUUUUGAGCGUUACUGCUUUGCCAUAUCACUAGGUUAGCGUACAGCAAUAUUUUGUUCAAAUGAGAAUUUCCUUUUAUAUAAUAUUCAUUAUCCUUUUUUCCUUUUUAAAAUUUCCUUCACUCCUUUGUAAAUCGUUUACACUGGCCCCUUUAGCACAGCGUGUUAUUUAUUAUUUACCGACGUUUUGAGUUUUCUGUAACCAUAAAGUGCCGCAUCCACAGCGGGCGGAGAUUGUGAUCUUUUCUCUCCAUGCUUAGCGAUAGCAUGGUUCUUCUCUUUGUGUGUGUACGUAAGAGCAGUUCGAUUUUGUUAUAUGUUCUCCUUCGGGUUUCUGGCCCCUCUCCCGUCCUUUCCUUUUGUAGUUAGCUUUGAGAACAAUUUGGAAAUUCAUUCACAUCCCACCACAAGAAAAACUCGGUAUCUCCGGUUUCAACAGGUUGUUGCAAUUUUCACAAAUUAAGAAAUCAUAAAUUGCUUGAAUUUGAUCCGUUAAACAAGAUCUCUAAUAACUCGCGAAUCUGUUGUUGAGAACAUUGAUAUAUUUUUGACGCUCAAAGUUCAAAACUAAAAUCUCCCUUGUAUUUUCUCACUUCAAGUUGAAGACAGCUCUUGGCUAAGAAACAUGAUUGGUCUGAUCGAUAAGGAUCACAUUCCAUGUGAACUUUUCUGAACAGAUUGCUCAUGAUUGCUCGCCUUGAGCUCGGCUUAGAAUGGGUCAUACAUCUUUCAACAAAAUGUAGGAUCAUAGCUGUCGAGGAUAGUCGAACAUAUCAAACGGGGCUGAUCUCAACUUUGAACAAAACGGUUGAUUUUUGACUUCUUCGUGGUCUGAUAUGGCCUUAUCUCACAACUAAAACGUUAUGAGCUUGGUAGGUAACACUCCCAAUCUACUAUCUUCUCUUUUUUUCUUCCCAAACUAGGUAUUCCGUAGAAUUCCUCAAACUUGCCUUCAAUGUUUAUGAUUGAGCGUCUGCUACAUACUAUGUAUAAUUGUUUACUGUGUUGCUCUUGUGAGUUUCUCUUGUACGUACAAUCUACAAAGAUAUUUUGUCUAGUAGAUUUCAUUGCUUGAUUCUAUUGUACUGUUUUUCAACUUGAUGAGAUAUAUAAAAUCGUUGAUAGACGUUUUGUUCGUUGUGUGCGGUCGGUAUCAUGCUCACUUGUUUCCUGAGGAUUAGUUUCUAUCGUCCACGAAUUCAGUAUUGUGCAACAGUCGUAGCCGAAGUACAUAGUAGCGAAAGAAUGCACGGAACUGCCACCACAGACGGUGUUAAGCUUACUAACCAACUCAAGGAUGGUUUCAUUGAUCUCACGGCCGGUACCUUUGGUGGAAUAGCGAAUGUAUACGCUGGCCAACCAUUGGAUACCGUCAAAGUAAAAGUACAAACAUUUCCGAGUCUCUACAAGAAUUGGGUGGUAUGUUUAAAAGAUACAUAUCGAUUAGACGGGAUUCGAGGUCUCUACGCAGGAACGGUUCCUGCACUGGCUGCAAAUAUAGCUGAAAAUGCAGUUUUGUUUACAGCUUAUGGCUACUGUCAAAAAAUAGUCAGCAUAAUAUCUGGUCAUAAUGACGUUAAAACGAUGACACCGCUGGAGAAUGCAUCUGCCGGUGGAUUAGCUUCCGUGUUUGCUGCAUUAGUAUUGUGCCCUACGGAAUUAGUAAAAUGCCGGCUACAAGCUGCUCGUGAAGUAGGACACGCAUGCACUCCAUUUUCUGUGUGCAGAGACAUGAUGCGGGAGAAAGGAGUACGAGGUUUCUUCAUUGGGAUGUCGCCAACGCUGGCAAGAGAGAUGCCGGGUUACUUCUGUUUCUUUGGCGCUUACGAAGCUUCACGUUACAUGCUAGCCAAGGAAGGUCAGCAUAAGGAUGACAUAGGCCUGAUGAAAACAGCUGCGUCCGGUGCCAUCGGUGGUAUGACGCUAUGGGCAGCGGUAUUUCCAUUCGAUUCGAUUAAGUCGCGAAUGCAGAUUUUCAACAGAGCUGGUUUUCCCGAUGAAGUAGCUAAGAAAAUGAAACCAAGCGGAAAUACAGCGUCGGUAGCAGGCGGUGGAAACUUCGUAUCGCUUAUGGUGAAGGUGAUAAAAACAGAAGGCAUCAUGGCGUUGUACAAAGGUCUAUUGCCGACUUUGAUCCGUACUUGUCUAGCAUCAGGAUGUCUUUUCGUAACAUUCGAAAAUACGAAAAAAUUCAUGCACGCUUAUCUUUGAAGUGACUCUAGGAGUGACUAACUAAAUUAUUGGGAUAGCUUGACAUACCAGGGAAAACUGGUAACUCUAAGAAGUUGCAGUCUUUCUAUUUUUGAAGCGCCUUAGAAAUUGUCAUAAAAUUGUACUAAUCCUCUCCGAUUUUCUACACCCUCCCGGUGUUACUUUCCUUCUAAUCAUCUCUUCUAACCCGAUGACAUAUAAUACAAUCCUGGUGAAUUACUCAUUUAGUUUCGAUUAUGCGCAUAAUGUCAGGUUUUUUUUAUUCCAAGUUGUGCAGUAAUCGCACAUGCAGGAAACGCUUUACCAUUUCUUUAUCUACAACCUGCUCAAUUGAAUGAAUCCUCGUAUCAUCAACCUUCCCAGGUUACGAUCAUCUGCGCACAACUUGUGUUGUUUUACUUUCACUGUUGUACGCUUCUUUUUAACACUCGUUUUAUUUUAUUUUUGAAGAUAUUUUUGUCUUAUCAGAUUUUAUCAUAUUGUAUCAUUAGGUAUGCGUAGCACGGUUGGUACUUCAUAGAAGUGUCUAGACUAGUGUUGUUUUAUUGUCUCGUAUGUCAGGAUUUGUAAUCACUGGUCGACCUACCUGCCUUAAUUAUCAAGGUACUGGCAUGUUCGUUCCAGAAGUGGAAACACAUUCUCGAUGUUUUGAAUAAACUGUUUCCACCAUC